GUGCUCACCGCACCACCACCGACCGAGUCCAGCUGUCGUGUCCCGCUCACAACAACCCGUCACCCACUCCCACCUUGAACCACCGCCAUCAUGGACGUCGCGGCCCUGCGGGAGCGUGUCAAGAACACAUUGGACGCCAAUGCUGCUAUUCGCCAGCAGGCCGAGCUCGAUCUUAAACAUGCUGAAGAGCAGGUCGGCUUCACCGAUGGCCUGCUGAACAUACUCGAGAACGAGCAAGACCCCGCCGUCCGCCUGUCCACUGUCGUCUAUCUCAAGAACCGCGUUUCCAAAGGUUGGAGUCCUGCAGAAGAAUACAGCUCAGCCAAACCUAUACCCGAGGAAGAGAAGGAAUCCUUCCGCAACCGCCUCGUACCCAUACUCGUCGCGUCUCAGCCAAACGUCCGCGCUCAGCUCAUUCCAACACUCCAGAAGAUCCUUGCCUACGACUUCCCGCAAAAGUGGCCCAACUUUCUCGACAUCACUAUACAACUGCUCAACACGGGGGACAUCCAAUCCGUCUUCGCUGGUGUGCAAUGCCUGUUGGCGAUAUGCAAAAUCUACAGAUUCAAAUCGACCGAAAGUCGAGCGGAUUUUGACAAGAUUGUGGCCAUGGCUUUCCCCCAGCUUUUGAAUCUUGGAAAUCAGUUGGCUAAUGAGACGAGCCUGGAAGCCGGCGAAAUCCUCCGGACAACCCUCAAAGUAUACAAACAUGCUAUAUAUUUCGAUCUCCCUCCUGCGUUGCGCGAACAAAACACCAUGGCUAGCUGGUGCACCCUGUUUUUGAAUGUUGUCAGCAAAGACCCCCCGGAAUGUUCCCUCCCCGAAGACCUCGAUGAGCGCGAAGCAAACCAUUGGUGGAAAGCAAAGAAGUGGUCCUACGCAAACCUCAAUAGGCUUUACGUCAGAUAUGGCAAUCCUUCGACUUUGGGCAAGAACAAUGAGAUGGAUUACACUGAGGUUGCCAAGAACUUCAUCGCCAACUUCGCGCCAAAAAUCCUCGAAAUAUACUUGCAGCAGGUGGAGAAAUGGGUUGGAAAGCAGAUCUGGUUGUCAAAAUCCAGUCUUUACUUCACCCUCAACUUUCUCGACGACUGCAUCAAGCCCAAAUCCAUGUGGAGUCUCGUAACGAAUCACAUCGACAGUCUUAUUUCCCAUUUGAUCUUCCCAGUCUUGUGCCAGUCAGACGAGGACAUCGAACUCUUCGAGGACGAGCCUCAGGAGUACCUCCACAGAAAGCUCAACUUCUAUGAGGAAGUUACAUCGCCUGAUGUUGCUGCGACUAACUUCUUGGUGACUUUGACCAAGAGUCGCAGGAAACAAACAUUCAGUGUACUAAACUUCGUCAACGAAAUAGUUAACCGAUACGAAUCGGCACCGGAUAAUGAGAAGAAUCCAAGGGAAAAGGAAGGUGCGCUACGUAUGAUCGGCACGUUGUCCGGUGUGAUUCUGUCAAAGAAGAGUCCAAUCGCCGAUCAAGUAGAGUACUUCUUCGUUCGCCACGUGUUUCCUGAGUUCCGAAGCCCCCAUGGAUUCCUUCGAGCCCGCGCCUGCGACACACUGGAAAAGUUUGAACAGCUCAACUUCAAGGAUCAGAACAACUUGAUAAUCAUAUAUCGCAACAUUCUGGAAUCGAUGGCGGACCCAAAUUUGCCGGUUCGGGUUGCGGCAGCUUUGGCACUACAGCCUCUCAUUCGGCACGAUGUCAUUCGUACGAAUAUGAAAGCUAAUAUCCCUCAGGUGAUGCAGCAAUUACUGAAGCUUGCCAAUGAAGUCGAUGUCGAUGCUUUAGCAAAUGUGAUGGAGGAUUUCGUCGAGGUUUUUGCUCCUGAGCUCACACCUUUUGCUGUGGCUCUCAGUGAGCAGUUACGCGACACAUAUCUUCGUAUCGUCGGAGAGCUGGUGUCUCGAAACCAGGAGAAAGGAGAGGACGGCGAUUACGGUGAUUUCUUGGAUGAGAAGAGCAUCACUGCUUUGGGUGUUCUUCAAACGAUUGGAACUUUGAUUUUGACCCUGGAAAGUACUCCCGAUGUCCUUUUACACCUGGAGACAAUUCUCAUGCCUGUCAUUACUAUUACACUCGAAAACAAACUAUACGAUCUGUACAACGAAGUGUUUGAGAUCAUUGACAGCUGCACCUUUGCUGCCAAGAGCAUUUCGGCCACUAUGUGGCAAGCCUUUGAACUGAUCCACCGAACUUUCAAAGCUGGCGCUGAGUUGUAUCUUGAAGAUAUGCUUCCUGCCUUGGAGAACUUCGUGAAUUAUGGAACUCAGACACUGAUCCAAAACCGACCGUAUCUCGACGCUAUUGUCGACAUGGUGCGCACAAUCUUCAAAGACGACAAGGUCGGAGGUGUCGACAAAAUUUGCGGCUGCAAGUUAUCCGAGAUUGUCAUGCUUAACAUGCGUGGCCACGUGGAUGAUUACAUACCCGAAUUCAUCUCGUUGACCAUGACGGUUCUCACAAACGACGAAGUCAAGGUCAAGUCCUUAAGGAUACACCUGAUGGAGGUUAUCAUUAACGCCAUUUACUACAACCCUGUUCUGGCACUUCAUGUGUUGGAGACAAAUGGCUGGACUAACAAGUUUUUCAGCCUGUGGUUCGCCUCGAUUGACAGUUUCAAGAGGGUCCAUGAUAAAAAACUGUGUAUUUCUGCUAUAUGUGCACUGCUUACGUUGAAGGGCCAGGACGUGCCAGUCAGUGUUCAGCAAGGCUGGCCGCGCUUGCUCCAGGGUAUCGUGCGUUUGUUCCAGACGCUCCCUGCAGCCAUAAAGAAUCGUGAAGAAGCUAAGAAGGAGGAUAACUUUGACUUCUCCAGCUAUGACGACGAGAGCGGCGAUGAGGACUGGACAGGUGAUGAAGCAGACUGGAGUAAUGAGGUUGAGGAGUCAGAUGAAAUCAAGGAUGAGAGUGCUGCGUACCUUGAAUUUCUCAACGAGGAGGCCCAAAAAUUCACUUCCGUGAGUGAUGACGACGAUGAUGAACUUGAGGAAGAGAGCCUCCUCGAGACACCGCUCGAUAAAGUAGAGCCGUAUAGCAUGUUCAAACAUGCUCUUCUGCGUCUCCAGCAAGAACAAGUGGCUCUCUACGAGAACCUCAUCAAGAACCUCAAUCCCGAAGAACAACAAGUAGUCGAAGGCGCAGUACACCAAGCCGAUGUUAUCGCACAAGCGGCUGCCCAGGCUCAGGCUGCAGCUGCCCAAGGAGGUGCCCCUAACGGCAACGUAGCACCGGGUCCACAGUAA